GAUACCAGCGCGAGCGCAGCCCUCCGCUUAGUUCUGCAGCUGCGUGACAUUUACAGCCGCAAGUCUGCGAAGGUUUUUCGGAUGCAGUUUGCAUAAAGGAUUCUGCUCGCUUUGUUUCGUGGGAGAGAUUUAAAAAAAGUAUUUAACAGCCGAAUAAGGUGGCAUUUACAAGAAGGAAGAAGUAAGGGGUACCAGUAAAUGCCACCUUCAUGUGCUGGACUCACUGGGCUGCAUUUUAAAGACUGAUUCAAGGUGCUUUAAAAAUAUUCCAAGUCAUUAUAGUUAUACGAGAAAAAGAUUUUUUUUUCUUCUGUUUGGAUACAGAUUUCAAAUCAUGGAGUAGAUACAGAUACAGUGGGACUGCGUGCUUGAGAAGAGAAUAGCGGUUUUCAGUCGAAAAACGUGAAGCCUUCUGCUCCCAUUAAUCAUAACGCAGAGCGGAAAAAAAUCACAGCGCAAGAUGUCUGUCCCGAACGUGCUGGCCAAGGCCCUGUACGACAAUGUGGCCGAGUCCCCGGACGAGCUGUCCUUCCGUAAGGGUGACAUCAUGACGGUGCUGGAGCGCGACACGCAGGGCCUCGAGGGCUGGUGGCUCUGCUCGCUGCACGGCCGCCAGGGCAUCGUCCCCGGCAACCGGCUCAAGAUCCUGGUGGGGAUGUACGACAAGCAGCAGCCGGGGCAGCUCGCCCCCCCCCAGCCGAGCGCCUACACCAAGGCCCUGCCUUCCUCUCAGUACACAGCCAUGCACCCCGCCUUCCCAGCGGGGAGCCCCACCCCCAGCCCUUCCCCUGGCCCCGCCCCAGGCAUCCCAGACACUGUCUACAUGCUACCCCCCAACCAUGGCAAGCCCUCCACCCACAGCCUCUACCAGGGGCUGACGAAAGGCUCCAGCCCCCUGCAGAAGUCAGCCUCCCCGGUGCAGUACGAGGCCUCAGAGCAGGACGUCUACCAGGUCCCCCCCGGCACGGGUGGCCCCGGCCACGGGCAGGACAUUUACCAGGUGCCCCCUUCAAUGAGUCAAAAUCAGGACAUCUACCAGAUCCCCCCUUCCAUGGAGAAGAGGAGCUGGACUUCGUCCAAACCUCCAGGAAAGGUGGUGGUGCCCACUCGAAUUGGACAGGUGUACGUGUAUGAAACGGGGAAGACGGAGCAAGACGAGUACGACGUCCCACGGCAUCUCGCACUAUCCCAGGACAUCUAUGAUGUGCCCCCAACCCGGAACCAGUACAACCAGCAGGUGUACGACACGCCCCCCAUGGCCGUGAAGGGACCCCCAAGGCAAGACAGUGGCCAGGAGAUCUAUGACACUCCGCCCAGCAUAGACAAGAGCCAAGCUCUGUCCCAGCAAACGGUGUACGACUUCCCUCCCUCCGUCAGCAAGGACGUGCCAGACGGCCCCAUCAGGGAAGAGACGUAUGACGUGCCCCCCCACUUCGUGAAGGCGGCGAGCCCCGAAAGCAAGACCCCAGGUCCCAGCACGGCCCCUGAGGACGUGUACGACGUGCCGCCCCCCACUCUGCCGGGCAGGUGGCCCUCGGACGGCCCGGCUCUCGGCCAGGAGGUCUACGACAUCCCGGCCAGCCUGAGGCCUGGUGUCUCCUGCGGGCCCCAGGACAUCUACGACUUCCCACGCGAGCGACCGGCCGGCAGUGAAGACGCCGACGACUAUGUGUACGACGUGCCGCCGCAGGUAGUGCGUGACGCAGCCUCGGCGACAGGGGGCGCUGAAGAGCUUAGUGUCAGCUUCAAGCGCCUCUCGGCCUCCAGCACGGGCAGCACGCGUAGCAAUCUCUCCACCUCCUCCCUGGACCUGGUGCCCGUCAAGGAGUCGUCGUCGUGCUCCUCCUCGGCCGGCGCGGGCCGCCUGAACCUGGAGCUGGAGCCGGCCAUGGAGCGGCUGGCGCGCCUGCAGCAGGCCGUGCAGGGCUCCGUCUCCUUGCUGAUGUCCUUCGUCAGCGGGAACUGGCGCAGCGCCCAGCAGAUGGAGGCCAGCCUCCCGGCGCUACGGCAGGCCGUUGAGCGCGUGAAGGUGUCCGUCGGGGAGCUGCUGGAGUUCGCCCGUGGCGCUGUGGCCAACGCCGCCCUGGCACCCGACCGCACGCUGCAGGCCAAGCUGAGCAGGCAGCUCCACAAGAUGGAAGAGGGGUACCAGGGCCUCCUGCAGCACAGCCAGUCGCUGGAAGGCACGGGCUGGGCCCUGGGUGCCCUGCUGGCCCCGCCCCCUGGCGGCGACGACCUGGACCGCCUGGUCAUGUGCUCACGGGGCGUGCCAGACGACACUAAACAGCUGGCCUCCUUCCUGCACGGCAAUGCCACGCUGCUGUUCAGGAAGGCCAAGCAGCAGCCUGUUGAGGCCCCGGGCAACAACAAUAACAUCUCAGCCUAUCAGACGGGGCUGCCCGAGAGGACCAAUAUCCAGUCCCGCCCCCUCCCCUCACCACCCAAGUUCACGACAGAGGAGGAGUCCCAGGAGAGGCCGUAUGACACCACGGAGGAAGGCUGGAUGGAAGACUACGAUUACGUGCAUUUACAGCUGAAACAGUUUGAGCGGUUGGAACAGGAAGUGAGCCGACCGAUCAACAACGACCCAUCUGGCUGGAGCCCGCCGUCCCACUAUGGCGCUUCACGGGGGGGGCUCAGCGCCAGCGACCGCCAGCUGCUGCUCUUCUACCUGGAACAGUGCGAGGCCAACAUCACCACGCUGACCAAUGCCGUGGACGCUUUCUACUCCGCCAUCGGUGCAAACCAGCCACCCAAGAUCUUCGUGGCGCACAGCAAGUUUGUCAUCCUGAGCGCGCACAAGCUGGUCUUCAUCGGCGACACACUGGCGCGGCAGGCCAAGUCGUCGGAGGUGCGGGCCCGCGUGACGCAGUACAGCAACGCGCUCUGCGAGAAGCUCAAAGACAUCGUGGUGAGCACCAAGACGGCAGCUCUGCAGUACCCGUCCGCCAGCGCCGCCCGGGACAUGACGGAACGCGUGCGCGAGCUGGCCACCCGCACGCAGCACUUCCGCACGGUGCUCACCCAGCUAGCGGCCAUGUGAGGGCACCCUUGGUCCCUUCCCCCUCCCCCCACGGACCACUGCCUCCUGGGCUUUUAAUCUCCUCCAAAAAGAUGUCUGUCAGACUGGCCAGUUGUACAUGGAUCUGUGUAAAUACUCAGGCUGCACUUGGGACGGGUAACAGAAGCAGCAUUACUGAAGAUCCAGAGAGAGACCGUAGUUUUUAGACUGAUCAUUAUCACCAUUACUGCUUUACUGUAACUACAAUGAUAUGAAUUUUAAUAGUUGCUAUUAUUAUUAUUAUUAUUAUUAUUAUUAUUAUUAAGGACCGAGCUGAAGGCUGUUUCAGUUUUUAACUCACAUAUGUAGAAAUCCUUAAUAUGGUUUCCCCCCCGGGACAAAUUACGGGAAAAAAGAAAAAGAAAAGCCCCUUCAAUCUAAGGAGAGACCAGCGGGGUGUGGAGAACGGAAGACAGGGGCGGGGCCACAUUGACAAACCAGUAAUAGUGUCUUCAGGUCUGCCAUUGUCAUGAGACGGGCUCAGCGUGCUAAUUAAAGGAGCCCAAUUACGCAGAUAGCAUGUGCUUUAAUAGAGUCUCUGCUCCGCUGAUGAGAUCGGGGAGUGAUAACAUAGGUCAGUGAGCCUGACUGACUGAGACAAGGCUUUCUAGAAGCUUAGGGGGUAGUGGGGGUCCCUAUCGUCAUUUUGGAAGCACAGGGGUCAAUCAGACCGCUCCCCGUCUCGAACCCCCACCAGCAAAGACAUGCCACGCUCUGACCUGCAUUGUGGCAAUAA